UAUUUCGAUCGGGUUUCCCCUAUGUUUUUGGAAGGAUUCCAUUUCUGUUCCAAAAAAGGAUCUCUCACUCUCUGCAUCGGGCUUCUCUCCCCUGCCCCUGCAACUUUUUGCUCGCUCACACCAUCCACCGCCUCCGCCUCCGCCUCCACCCGCCGUUCCGGAAAGGCGCGGCUGCUGGUCUCUCUAGGGUUCGUCGGCCCGACGCUCGCCUGCGCCGGGGUGCGGCGGGGGACCCGUGCUUCUGCUUCUGCGCCGAGAGUAUGGCUGGAAGGCACACCAUUGUUCUCGUGCAACCAUCUCCAAACAAAGCGUCCAGAACUUUUAUGGACUUCAGUUCACUCAACCAAGCCCUGGAUGGUAUCUGUGCCCGUUAUGAAAAGAAAAUCAUGGAUAUCAACCCGAUGGCCAGGAACUUCACUUAUGACAUCACAGACCUGUACAAUUUCAUCGAUGGCCUAGCGGACAUCAGUGCCCUAGUGUAUGAUCAUCAACUUCAAGCUUUUCUGCCGUACGACAGGCAGUGGAUAAAACAGAAGAUGUUCCAGCACCUCAAGAACCAGGCACGGCAGUAGCCAGCCGCUGGUUCUGAUUAACAAAAGCAAGUGUACAAGGUGGUAUAUCUGUGUUGUCUGUAGUUUCGGGUUGGUGUGAGAGAUCUAGGGUUCAUGUGCUAAUUGUGUAAGAGAGAAGAUGAUCGAUUUGCUUGGCUAUUUGCCAUUUCUGAUGCGACACUGUAGUAUAAAUGGAAGGCUUCUGCCUGUGUGUGUCUGACCAUGAGUGGAUGAACGAUUAGUAUGAUAAUAAAUCGAUCACUUUGUCUUCAAAUUUGGCAACACUUGCCCUCAUUCGAAUUUCAGUUAUUCAGU